AUGUGGUUUCAUGAAAUGGCUUCACAGCGGUCUUUCCCUGAAGAUGACUUCAGUAUCUACUAUGUCCUUGCAGAGCGCACAGAUCACUAUGACCCAUGCCCAGUUAAUGAAGCUGAAGAGAACCAGCCCCAUCUCCAGGGGGUGACUGGCCUGCGGAACCUGGGCAACACAUGCUACAUGAACGCCAUCUUACAGUGUCUCUGCAGCAUCUCACCACUGGUGGAAUACUUUCUCUCGGGAAAGUACAUUAACGCUCUUCAAAAGGACUGCAGCGAGGUUGCCACUGCUUUUGCCUAUGUGAUGACAGACAUGUGGCUUGCCGACUGUGACUGUGUCUCACCAGAAAUAUUUCGGUCAGCUCUUGGCAACCUCUACCCAGUAUUUAUGAAAAAGACACAGCAAGAUGCUCAGGAAUUCUUGAUUUAUGUCCUGAAUGAACUUCAUGAAGCUCUGAAAAAGUACCACCGGAGAAAAUCAUAUGAAAAAAGAUCCAUUCCAAGAUACUGCAGGAGGAUGAUCGCCAAUGAAUCCUCCAUCAUCACCCGGCUGUUUGAAGGGCAGCUCAGUUAUAGCAUCGUAUGUUUAAAGUGUGAGAACUGCACCUAUAAGAACGAAGUUUUCACCAUCAUCUCCCUCCCCAUUCCAUCCAAAUAUGAGUGCUCUCUUCAGGACUGUCUCCAGUGUUUUUUUCAACAAGACACAUUGACCUGGAACAACCAGAUUCACUGUUCCUUUUGUGAAACCAAGCAAGAGACAGCUGUGAGGGCCAGUAUUUCCAAAGCGCCAAAAACAAUUGUCUUUCACCUAAAAAGGUUUGACAUUCUGGGUACAAUGAAAAGGAAACUGAGGACAGAUAUUCAUUACCCGCUCACUAACUUGGACCUUACUCCUUACAUUUGUCCAAUUUUUCGGAAACAUCCUAAAUAUAACCUCUGUGCAGUGGUGAACCACUUUGGGGAUCUGGAUGGUGGCCACUACACUGCUUUCUCCAAGAACUCAGUGACCCAGGCCUGGUACAGCUUUGAUGACACACGAAUCAGUGAGAUUCCAGAUACUUCAGUCCAAACUGCUGCAGCAUAUCUCCUGUUCUACAGCUGUCAGCCCUUUUCUAUACCUACACAAAAGUGCAAGAGCUAA